AUGGUCACUACAAGAGCCCAAUCGCAGACCCCGCGCAGGUCAAGGGGUCGAGUCUCGUUUCCUGGUGACUCUGCUACCAACUCACCCGCUACACCUACGCCAGCUCCUCGCUCCAACUCGUCGCGUUCCUCUCCCACCAAAAAGGCCUCGACUUCGACCCCUUCUUCACCCGCCGUCCGUCGACGCGAAUCCUCCGUCAUGAGCUCCAAGUCGCUCUCCAAGCAGCAGCUGGGUCCCAAGACGCAGCAUUACGAGUUUGCUGGUCCCUUUGGCGCCGCCUUUGUCUCGCUCACCGUGCCCUUUUUCGCCUACUACCUCUACUUUGGAUGCUCCGACAAGCUCGGCUGUGCGCUCACGCUGCCUAUCGACAACCCGGAUGCGCUUCGCUCCCUCUUUGUUCAGGGCGUCAAGGACAGCCUCUUUGACACCACUGCCUGGGCCAUCUACGCCGCUUGGUACGCCUUCACCGUGCUUGCUUGGAUCGUGCUUCCGGGCAAGGAUUUCGAGGGCACCGAGCUACGAACCGGUCAACGACUGCACUACAAGCUCAAUGCAUUUGCCACCUUUGUCGUCGCUAUGGCUGCUUCGGCCGGCUACAUCUUCUACAAGGGCCCUGAGAGCUUCACCAUCUUCUACCAGCACUGGCCUGGCCUCGUCUCUGCCGCGCUCUUCAACUCAUUUGCUCAGGCCGUCUACUGCUACCUGAUCUCCUUCAGCGAGGGCAAGCUGCUUGCGCUCGGCGGCAACUCGGGCAACGUGCUGUACGAUUGGUUCAUCGGCCGCGAGCUCAACCCGCGUAUUGGCAGCUUUGACAUCAAGUCGUUCAACGAGCUGCGACCGGGCUUGAUCCUGUGGGCGAUCCUCGACAUUAGCUGUGCCUGCCAGCAGUACGUUCAGCUGCACGGCCGCAUCACGGACAGCAUGGUGCUCGUCUGCGCCUUCCACCUCUGGUACGUUGCCGACGCCCUCUUUAUGGAGUCGGCCAUUUUCUCGACCAUGGACAUCACCACCGACGGCUUUGGCUUCAUGCUCUCCGUAGGCGACCUGGUGUGGGUGCCCUUUGUCUACAGUCUCCAGGCGCGCUAUCUCGCCUUCCACCCCGUGCACCUCGGCAUUGCCGGCACCGCCGCCAUCGUUGGCGUCAACCUGAUCGGAUAUUACAUCUUCCGCGAGGCAAACUCGGAGAAGAACUCGUUCCGUAACGGUAGCAACCCCAAGAACCUCAAGUACAUGACCACCUCCUCGGGCCGAAAGCUGUUGACCUCGGGCUGGUGGGGCCGUUCGCGACACCCCAACUACCUCGGCGACUGGACCAUGGCCUGGGCUUGGUCAUUGCCCUGUGGCUUUGCGACUCCCGUGCCUUACUUCUACGUGGCUUACUUUGCUGUGCUCCUCGUCCACCGCCAGCUUCGAGACGACGAGGCGUGCCGGAAAAAGUACGGCAAGGACUGGGACAAGUAUUGCAAGCUGGUACGCAGCCGCAUCAUCCCUGGUAUCUACUGA